GAGGUGGAUGCAUAAUUCGGUAGAUCAAAUUUUGUAGGCUACCUGCGGAGAUUUGCAUCAGCCUAAAUGACCGUUAUCACCCGCGAGGUGGACGCAAUUCUCGGCAGGAAUUCGGCACAACCUGUCUGGAACGCGGCGUUCCUCUUCACUGCUUCCUCCUCUGUGGUGAAAAAAUGUUUUAUGCACCUGACCACACCUGCCAGGUGACUUCACUAGUGAGAAACAACUAAACUAGCGAGGUCGCUAAUCGUAGACGAAGUUACGGAUUGUCUCGGCGAUACGACCGCAAUAAAACAGACAAAUCAACAAAUGUGGCAAAAAAUGACUUUAAGCAUCUGGAAGAAGCUUUGCUAAAAGUCAGUCUGGACAGUGCAACAGGUAUUGAGUGAAAAGAGAGAAUUUAAUUUAUAAACUCAAGAAUGUCUGGCCUUAGUGGUCUAAUCUCAGAGCCACAGGAGAGCGGCAGCUUAGAGGAAAGAAGGGAGAGUACAGAUGAGGAAGAAGAUGAUUUAAAGGAGGAGGAAGAUCAGGAAGAGGAGAUGACCAGCUUUGCGGCUCUGGAGUCGGCCACUUUGCCAAGGACCGGAGACAAAGACAAAAGGCCUCAGAUGGACACUGAUGAUGGAGACUUGUCAGAAAAAAGAGAGCCUGAAGAGAGGGACACUGGGAUCAGUGAAGGAAGCCAGGACCUACCAGAGGAGCAGAGCCAAACGGAGAGCAACACAAAGGGCAAAGCCAAGUGGAGGGACAGCAUGCCUGAGGGCGAGAGGUGGAGGGACGAUGAGAUGGAGUUGCAGCGGGAUGAUAAAGGCGACAGCUCACUGGCUGAUAAAGAGGAGGAAGAAGAGUUGGAUAGGAUCUCAGAGAAAGCCGCUCUGGGUUUCACUCCCCUAGUCACGAUUGUGCGUCCGUCCAGCAAAGAGUUUCCUGAGGAGAGCAGGUUCUUCAUAGAGAAGGACGACAAGACGGAGCCGCAGAUGGUGCCCAACUCAGCAGCACAGUUUUACCCAGAGUGGACAGAACAAGACGACAAGUACUACGUAUGUGAGGGCCUGUGUUGUGAAAAACUGAAGAUGGCUCUGGCAACCGUGGCCGCAGGAAUCCUCUUCCCUCUCCUGGUGUGGGGAGGUUACGCCUUCCUUCCCUUUGACGCACCGCUGCUGGAGAGCACCCCUCUCAGGGUGGUGUACACACUACGCUGCUCCUUCUUCGCCAUCAUCCCCAUCCUGCUCGGGUUGAUGGUGCAGGGUGUGGCCCGACUGCGCUACAGCUCCCUGAAGCCCCUCUAUCAGAGUAAACUGGUGAACAAGAAGGUGGCGGUGCACCAGCACUAUGUCAACGAAUCGAUGGCCCUCUUCCUCUUCUACUUCCUGCAGCUCACUGUUAUGGCGACCUACAUCAGCCAGGACCUGGUGAAGUUGGUGCCACUGCUCACCAUCGUAUUUGUUUUCGGCAGGCUGAUCUACUGGCUCUGCCUCUCUCUGAGCAGCAGCAUCAGGGGUUUCGGCUUCGGCUUCUCCUUCUUCCCCAUACUGGUCAUGCUGGGCGCCAACCUGUACUACGUCUGCUCGUCAGUCGACCAAGAGGCGGUUUUCGAUGACACACCACCCACGACGCCUCCUCCUAAGUGGAGCUGGUGGGGUUAAAGGGCGACGUCCGAAAAGGCGGUGAGGAGUUAAGAGACUGAGUAUUGUUGUGUCAUAAUAUCAAAAGCUGUUUACAGUCUGCAGUCAGCCGGGGAAUGGCGGACUCCGUCACUACAGAGAAAACACUUGGUAUCAAAAAUUAGUUUUAUUUCAUGAAUAUCUAAGAAAUAAGGAUUAAAAAUUUAUUUGGUGUUUCUUCACAAAGAAAUCAAUGACAUGAAGCAGGUUGUGGGUACAUUUGUAGCUUGAAUCUUCUCUGUAUUAAAAAAAUAUUUGCGUCGGUAGUUGAAGCUGAAAAGGUUUACAUACACCAACAACUGAUAAAUCAAGUUUUUGGGACAGUAUGAGGAAUUUAGUAUUUGGAUAUUAUGCAGCCAAAUUAAGACAGAAAAAUUAGACUUGAAACCUAAAAACUGUCUUUCUGAAAACUGUUUUCUAUUGUCUUAUUGAUAAAAGGCUUUACUUUGUUUAUAGCAAGACUUGCUGUUGGGCUAUUUGUGGAUAGCUUCUUUUCUUGUGUGUAUGAGUAUUUAAAGUAAAUCUGAUCAAUAUUUUGGAUGAGUUCAAUAAAGCUUCAUUAACAAAUAUGACAAUGAUUUAUCAUCACUCACUGCUGGAGGGAGGGGCACGUUACUUUUCACUGAUUAUCAGGAUUCAUGAGGCAAGUUUCAACAAGACUAAAGAGUCGGUGCCCAAAAUCAAAACCAGAAAAAUGCGGCCACUUGCACAAAUGCUGAGGGUGAAGAAAGAAACUGCAGUGUCUUUGUUUAAAGUUACAGACAAGGAAAAACAAACAAACGGGAAUCAAAAAGACAGGAAUCAUUCAGCUUUCUGACAGACUACAACAAAGUCAGUGUGUUACGUUCACAGAGUGAAGAGCCGUUCAUGUUUCCCUACUAUUAGACAGGUUUAUUUUUGGAGAGGGUGAGAGUGAGUGUGUGUCAGGGGUGUGUCUUCUGCAUAAAAAAUACUUUUACUAUUACGAUACAUUAAGUACAUUUUUUGUUCAAUCCUUUUUACUUUCCAUGCAGAAUUUUUCCUAGUAAUCUAGUACUUAUGCAUUGAGUACAAAUCUGAAGACACAUUUUAUUAAAAGCUGAACAAGAAGUCAACACCAGAUGAAAACAAUAAUAUUCAAGAUCAAAUGAAUGAACGUGUGAUUUUUAUUGCUAUAGUGUUAUUUUGUUGUUUAAUCUCGGUGUAUCAGGUGUCGUCAUUGACUUGCUCACACAGUUGCUGCCUCCCUCACAGGAGGUCAUGAGAUCAGCUAAAUUUAGCCGUGUAGUUAUCACUGAAUGUUUGAAAUGAAGCUUCAUUGCACGUGCUUGUAACUGUGACAGUAAGCUGUGGAUGAAGAGGAAGGGAAAAAAAGCACACCAUAAAGAGAACCAGCCCUCCUCUGAAAUGGAUGGAAUUUGGAAAGGUUUCUGUUGAUUUUACUUGCACCAAAUGUUUCUCAUUGGAGACUUUAGUCUUUAUGAAAUAUUUUGGAGGCACUUUUGCUUUGUUGCAAUGUAAACUGUCAAGGAUUCACCCUUUUCGUUUUCAAGACAGGUUAGAAAAUAAACAAGACUCAAGUUCA